AUGGCUCUGUGCGACAUCACACGACCUCAACUUUUCUCCGUAGAUUCGGCACAUUUCCGACAGCUAUUUUCACAGUUUCGAAUCGAACAGAAACAACAUGAGCUGCUACCGAAGACAGUAGAUUCAAACAAGAAACCACGACAAAUCGGACAACUGCCACUGAUUACUGAGAACGAUAACAAGAAGAUUUACUUCUGUCAGCGUUGUCUUAAUCAUGGUUCCAGACUGCCCAGGAAAAAUCACAAGUGCGAGUGCCCGUAUGCAGAUUGUAAGUGCGAAUUCUGCUUUCUCGUGGAGAAGAGACGUCAACUGAACUCACAGUUGCAUGAUCUGGAAGGCGUCGAUGCAGAUUCGCCAAAAACUACCACCGUCGACGAUGAUGCACUAACGGUUACUGGAGAUGGCGAAGUGGACCGGGUGAUCCGCGUCAAAGGAGAACGUGUCCCGAACUGCCAGAAAUGCGGACAGCACGGCCGCAAGUCGCGACUGAAGGGACACAAGCGAAUCUGUCCUUUUAAGGAGUGCACAUGCGCUAAGUGUCAAGUUGUGAGCGAGCGACAAAAACUGAUGGCUGAUCAGAUUAAAAUUCGCCGACGACAGCGGAAGGACAGCAUCAUGAACCUGCAGCGCGAUCAUCUCGCGUCGACUAUCAACGCCGCGGCCGCACUCUCCGGUCAGAUGAAUUUCGGACUUGGAGGACUCGGCAGCUUGUUGUACAACCAACUCAAACAACAAGUUCCACACUCGCUGCUGACAUCACCAACGUCAUCUGAUGGCUCGUCCUAUUCGCCAUCGAAUCUGAACCCAUUCGGUUCUUCCCCAGAUCUUCUACGAGCUCCUCUACUAUUCCCGCCACAAUCGCCGGCCGCCACCAGCUCGCCGCCAGAGUCGGCGACGUUCGCCGCUAACGCAGCAGUCGCCGCUUCGCUGAUCGCUGCGCCGGUGGCAAUCAACCCGGUCACACCGACAGCUUUCCCGUUCCCGUUGGUCUCUAACGAGUCACUGUUGAGUUUACUCGCUAAUUAUAAGUUGCUCGAGCAGAGUACUCCGGAGAUCUCCUCUGGUGAAUCUAUGGACACCCAAAUUAAUCCUAUUAUUGAUGUAUGUAACGUGUGA